AUGGAGCCGCAGCUGGACGAAGAGCUGGCCUGGGAUACAGGAUGGACUUGCCCCUCUUGCACCUUGGUGAACGAGUCUGAGGCUCCAAGAUGCGGGGCCUGCAACAGCUUGCGAAGCUCGGUGCGUAACUCGGGGGUCGUGGUUGUGCUCCCCCCGGACAGAAAGCAGAAGCGGCCGGAGGGCGAUGACCAGUGGGCAUGUCCGGCCUGCACGUUGUUGAACGACGAGGCAGAGGACCGCUGUGGGGCCUGUGGCAGCCAGCGCUGGCUCAGCAAGAGGCCCAAGACCGCUGCAGCCGUUCGCGCCGCCCGCCGGGACCUGUCGAGUCUUUCCAGGAAUACCCAAAAAGACACCUCGGGAGGUGGCACUGAUGGCACUCUUGCCGAUAGCAUGCGUGCUGAGGAUCAUGGCAUCUGGGGCGGCCUGGGACCGGAUCGGGAGUUCCUCCCGCUCCCGCCGGCACCGGAACUGCGUGUGGUCUACCGCUCAGCGAAGGACACGGAGGUGGACAUCUUCGCCGAGCUCGGCGAGUCGACCGACAAGACCGACGCGCCGCCCGAGACAGCUGAAGGCGAGCAGCCCAAGAAGCUGGCCGGGGGUGAAGUGGGCGAAGAGGGAGGAGAGGGCACAACCGGCAAAAAUGCCAAAGGUGGGGAAGGCGGAGGAGAGUCGGCCGCUUUGGGCCCUGCCCUGCCCUCAAACCCUUCCCUCUCGCGGCCGGCGUGGCGCAUACAGGGAGCCCCGAUCUUCGCUGGGGACCCGUCCCUGGAGUCCCUGCCUUGUCUGGAGCUGGGCCUCAGCGAAGCCACGGUCUUCGAAGACGCCGUGGGGCGCCUUGCGCUCUCAGGCUUCGAGGUCACCAAGUGCCACUUGGCUCUGGAGGCGGCUGGGGGCGACGAGAACCUGGCCCGACAGUUCCUCUUGGGCCCCGAGCCUUCCACCUUUUGA